CUCAGCGCCAACCAACCAUGGCGCGCGGCUUCGCCCUACUGCUAUGGGCAGCCGCUAUGAGCAUUGCCAUCGGUGGUGCAGCAGCAGCGUAUUCUCCUAGCUCAAGCACUGUUGGCUAUCGUCGCAGCCUUUUGACGGCAAACAACGGUUUUCCGUGGUGCCGGUGCCUGACCUAUGAUUGCGCCUGCAGCCCUUACAAGGUCACGUUGGCGGACUAUGUCGUGAACACCACGUCAACAAAGACGUGCUUCAACGUUGUCUACAGUGGCUGCGACGAGACGCUUGAAUGCUGCCGUGGUAUGCUCAACGCUGUCGAAAAGCUGACAUUCGAAACAACGCAGCAAUGCAGUGUGAAGUCCAAUAUCGCCCGGGUGACUGUCAACGGGCAGCUUUAUUAUUCCUGGAACACCUACUCUCAUAACACUACUUUAGGUACCGGGUAUGAGCUGAAGAUAUACGACCUUGGAAUGACCAACGCAACCUUCGUCGGAACGCAAAUCUGCAUCACAACGAAGAAGCCCUGCAGCACCUUUGCGGAUGUCUGCUACAGUUCUGUUACAAAGGGUUGCCGGUACUCUUUCGCUGACGUGUCAGCCACUAACUACUGCCCCAUCUGCACCUUCAGCCUGCCUCCGCCACCUAGCCCUCGUCCCCCAUCGCCACCUUUCAAGCCGCCGUCGCCGCGGCCCCCGUCUCCAGCUCCUUCGCCUAAGCCGCCGUCGCCGUUGCCCCCGUCUCCUGCUCCUUCUCCCAAGCCGCCGUCUCCACUACCCCCGUCUCCUGCUCCUCCUCUACCACCCUCCCCUGCUCCUCCAUCCCCUAAGCCUCCCUCACCACAACCACCUUCGCCCCAGCCUCCUUCACUGCCACCUUCGCCCCAGCCUCCCUCGCCACUGCCACCUUCGCCCCAGCCUCCUUUACUGCCACCUUCGCCCCAGCCUCCCUCACCGUUGCCACCAUCGCCGCAGCCUCCUUCACCACUGCCACCUUCGCCCCAGCCUCCUUCAUUGCCGCCUCCCCAGCCUCCCUCACCAAUGCCACCUUCUCCUCAGCCUCCAUCACCAAUGCCACCUUCUCCUCAGCCUCCAUCACCUUUGCCACCUUCUCCCCAGCCCCCCUCACCAAUGCCACCUUCGCCCCAGCCACUGCCGCCGGUGCCGCCGUCGCCACCCACUCCUCCACCCGGUCCACCCACGCCUCCAUCACCUCCUCUUCUCCCUCCCCGCCCGCCAUCUCCCAUCCCGCCCUCUCCUCAGCCGCCAUCGCCCGUUCCUCCCUCUCCUCAGCCGCCAUCUUCGCCUGCCCCUCCCUCUCCCCAGCCGCCAUCUUCGCCUGCCCCUCCCUCUCCCCAGCCGCCAUCUUCGCCUGCCCCUCCCUCUCCCCAGCCGCCAUCUUCGCCUGCCCCUCCCUCUCCUCAGCCGCUAUCGCCCGCUCCUCCAUCUCCCGAGCCUCCAUCGCCUGCUCCUCCAUCCCCCGAGCCGCCAUCGCCUGCCCCUCCGUCUCCUCAGCCGCCAUCGCCUGCCCCUCCGUCUCCUCAGCCGCCAUCGCCUGCACCUCCAUCUCCCGAGCCUCCAUCGCCUGCUCCUCCGUCUCCUCAGCCGCCAUCGCCUGCUCCUCCAUCGCCUGCUCCUCCAUCCCCCGAGCCGCCAUCGCCUGCUCCUCCAUCUCCCGAGCCGCCAUCGCCUGCUCCUCCAUCUCCCGAGCCGCCAUCGCCUGCUCCUCCAUCACCCGAGCCUCCAUCCCCUGCCCCUCCGUCUCCUCAGCCUCCAUCGCCUGCCCCUCCGUCUCCUCAGCCUCCAUCGCCUGCUCCUCCAUCUCCCGAGCCGCCAUCGCCAGCUCCUCCAUCUCCCGAGCCUCCAUCGCCUGCCCCUCCGUCUCCUCAGCCUCCAUCGCCUGCCCCUCCAUCCCCCGAGCCGCCAUCGCCAGCUCCUCCAUCUCCCGAGCCUCCAUCGCCUGCCCCUCCGUCUCCUCAGCCGCCAUCGCCUGCCCCUCCGUCUCCUCAGCCGCCAUCGCCUGCUCCUCCCUCUCCCGAGCCUCCAUCGCCUGCCCCUCCGUCUCCUCAGCCUCCAUCGCCUGCCCCUCCGUCUCCUCAGCCUCCAUCGCCUGCCCCUCCGUCUCCUCAGCCUCCAUCGCCUGCUCCUCCAUCCCCCGAGCCGCCAUCGCCUGCUCCUCCAUCCCCCGAGCCGCCAUCGCCUGCUCCUCCAUCUCCCGAGCCUCCAUCCCCUGCCCCUCCGUCUCCUCAGCCGCCAUCGCCUGCUCCUCCAUCCCCCGAGCCGCCAUCGCCUGCUCCUCCAUCUCCCGAGCCUCCAUCGCCUGCCCCUCCAUCCCCCGAGCCUCCAUCGCCUGCUCCUCCAUCUCCCGAGCCUCCAUCCCCUGCUCCUCCAUCCCCCGAGCCUCCAUCGCCUGCCCCUCCGUCUCCUCAGCCUCCAUCGCCUGCCCCUCCGUCUCCUCAGCCUCCAUCGCCUGCCCCUCCGUCUCCUCAGCCUCCAUCGCCUGCUCCUCCAUCUCCCGAGCCUCCAUCCCCUGCUCCUCCAUCUCCCGAGCCUCCAUCGCCUGCCCCUCCGUCUCCUCAGCCGCCAUCGCCUGCCCCUCCGUCUCCUCAGCCGCCAUCGCCUGCUCCUCCCUCUCAGCCGCCAUCCCCUGCCCCUCCAUCUCCUCAGCCGCCAUCACCUUUCCCCAAGCCCCCGUCUCCCAUGCCUCCUUCGCCUCCUUCACCGCCUCCCCCAUGCCCGGUUUGCGCUUUCGUGACCAUCGUUCCUCCUGCGAGUUUGGGCAACAAGACCUUGAUCACCUUUGGCAGUGGACUCUCCUGCUCGGUUGGUAACCUCAUCGUUUCAAGCUUGAACACAGCUAUCUCUUUCUAUGGCGCCAAUGUCUUGGUGCCCUUCUCGCUGGUCGAGUGUUCCGCAGCCUACAACAACAGUGUCUCGCCGCCUGUGUACCCUUACGUGAAGGUCUGUGGUACCUUCUUCUCGAACGCUGAUGGCGCCAAGCUGGGCAAUUGGCUGCAAACUCCCCUGGCCGGCCUUGAGAUGUGGGUUAACAAUGUCACCGGCAUCUGCCCCGACUACCUCUCGGGCUACAAGGUGUACAGCGACGUGUACGAUCCCAAUGGUGUUGGCACCUGUCUCAACGGUCACUUUGAGCAAUCGUGUGCUGCCAACCCUGAUCCCUUCCCGCCGCCGUCGCCCAAGCCCUCGCCACCCCUGCCGCCGCCUCCUAAGCCCGCAAGCCCGCCGCCGUCGCCCCGGCCUCCAGUGGCCAAUCCUCCAUCGCCCAAGCCUAUGAGCCCGCCCAAGCCUCCGUCGCCUCCAUCGCCGCCGCUGGUCGCAACUCACGAAUGUGUGCAGAGCACCGCGAAUGUUCCCUACAGCAUUGGGCCGCUGUUCACGAUCAACACGGUGGAUCAGUACAACAAGGCAGCGGUCGGCAUGUGCGUCAAGGUGGCGUCGCAAUCCUGCAAGGCGUCGAAGUACUGCUGUGGCAUGGAAUUUGCAAAGGUUGAAGUCCCCAUAGAGCCCUCCUGCAAGAGUGACUUGCGGCAGCUAAUGAUCAAUUACAAGCCCAUGUACAACAGCUGGGGUAAUUACGACCCCAUCCUAACCCUCAAGUUUACAAGUCUUGUCGACGUCCUUCCGGAUCCCAACAAUGCCAUCCUGUGCUGGGUCGUUCGCCCUGGACCGUGUGCUGAUCCCGCCAAGUUCUGCUUGAACGGACACUGCCAGGCCUCCAUCUUCUCGUCCAACAAUAAGUGCUGCCCCACCACGCUACUCUCGUAACGUACAGCAUGGAGCCACAAUUACUUGUGGAACCCAAUCGAUAUUAAGAUCAGUUAAUGUGACGCGAUUUUACGUUGGUAGGGCAGACGUUGACUAGCUACAGAGGUUUCUUUCUCUUCCUUUUUAUUAGCCAGUGUUGUUACCGCUUGUUAUUGGCAGGCUAGUGCUAACAUUACUACAGAGCAGAGUCUUUGCAGGAUCUUACGCGCGCAAUGGUUGUUAUUCGGAUGAUUUUCCUGUCUUGCAUAUCUUCUUUCCCGUGAUUGCUUUUCUAUCUUGUAGUCCACUCGGUUGACAUGGCAUGCCUUACUAAGACUGCAGAGUGCAGGUGACCUUGCAUUGGCAUGUUUCUUCGCGUACUGCUCUUGAGUUUGUACUGCUGAACGUUUAUUAAACUGAGGGGUGGCAAUUGGCUACCCACCAACACUUAUCGAUAGCGAGAUCUAUUCAGGACGCCUGACUUGUAACCAGCGAC